AUGUUAAGACUCACUUUCCCGUCACGUGGAUACCUCAAUGAUUUCGCUUCUCCCACUCUUAUCGCUGUUACUUCUGACGAGAUUUGUUCUUUGUUGUUACGUUGUCCUGAUUUCUCCUUAGUUGCUCUCCUCUCCCGCUUCCUUGUUUCUCGUGGUGACUGGCAAUGGUUCUGUCUUUUCAAUUCUACAACGCCCCGAAGGGCUGAAUGGAUGGCCGAAACCUUUCAGUUGCUGCCAAGCGAGCAAGGUGAAACAUUAGGGCGAUUCUGUGCCGCGAAAAGGGUGAAUGUCACGGACGUAUGGCUUCCGUUGCAGUUGCUGCGCCCGGCUCGCGCAAAGGACGAUACCCCAGUUGUACUCUCACCAAGUACAGCUGCCGUGCUCCUGAACCACAAAACUGGAAAAUUAACCACCCGCAGGAGCGAGAUCCUCGCGCUGGUGCCUGUGCUGUUUGCUGACGAGAGGAACUUUGCAUUUCCACUCUCUGCCAUUCCGACAGACUGCACUAUUUUUGCUCGGGCUUCCAAAGCAAUGGCAAGCAAGCGUAUCCCAUCAGGGUUAACGGUCAUGCACCGUUCAGUUACACCCGCACAAGCGUUGGCCGAGGGGUCUUGCCUUUCUGACGCUGAACCGCAGCCUAAAGUAGCGAAGAAGCAAGCAUUGUCGGAUUCGGGGUUGACUGUUGGUAGUGUUCCGACGGCACCAGCGAGCACGGAUACGUCCGCAGGGCAGGUGAAUAAACGUGCGAGGAGUGAUGCUGCAUUUGAUGGGUUCCUGCAGGAGGCGUUGGUGACACUGAGAGGCGGUAAGAGUACACCACGUGAGGGUGUCAUUAUCAGGGAAACGUUAGACAAUUUAAUUCAGGUGUGUAAUGCCCCACCGCUCCACUUUGUUACGCAAAACAAACGAAUGACAUCACUUAAUGUGCUGGGUUGCAUCUGGAACGUACCAGAUGAGCGAGUGAUUUAUCGUGUGUUCCGCCGCGGUGGCGAGGGAGAGGGCCCUAGCACGUCCACUCAUACAGAUUCCGAGCGUCUUAUUGCUGUUUUUAUCAUCGACAAUGUGUUGCUGAAGCGUGAACCUGCAAAGCCCGGUGCGCACAAUGAAGGACCGUUGUGGUCAUUGGUUGAUGAAAAAUUGCCUGAAGUCGCGCGUGCUCUGUCGGAAAGGGGAUAUCGGAUCGUGCUACUCGACCACUACCCUGCUCUCCACCAUGGGAACCACUACGCGCUUCACACGAAGUUAAUACCUAUCGCCGAAUUAUGUAGGCAGCACUUCACGGCGGACGUGACGGUGGUAAUCUCUGCAGUGUCCAACAUCAGCGGAUCGCGCAGACGAGACGCCAUUCCCUUUGUACUCCCUCAUUCCGGCUUGUGGGAGUUCUUCGUUACACAACUCAAUGGUGGAAUGCGGGCGGAGAGGGACUCCCUGCUCGUAGGGUUGACGGUAAAUCCGGAUGAAGAGCACAGGGAUAUGGGGUGUCAGGGGCGUAGAGAUGUGCUUUUUGCGAUAAAUUGUGGGCUUAGGUACGUUGACGGAGCGACGGUGAGCCGGGAAGUGCUGGGUCACGAGGAUGGUUAA